CAGGAUGGACACUGUGGAGGUCAUUCUCUCUGUGUUGGUGGUUGUGAUUAUUAUAGUGUCGUUGUUGUCCAACGUCCUGGUGCUCAUCUGCUUCCUGUACAACCCGGAGAUCCGCAAGCAGGUGCCCGGUCUCUUCAACCUGAACCUCACAUUCUGCAACUUGUUGCUGACCGUGUCCAACAUGCCGCUCACUCUGGUGGGACUCGUCAGCAAGGCUCAGCCGGGAGGGGACGGCUUCUGCCAGUUGGUGGGAUUCCUGGAGACCUUCCUGUCCACCAACUCCAUGCUGAGCAUGGCUGCGCUCAGCAUCGACAGGUGGAUCGCGGUGGUGUUCCCGCUGAGGUAUCACUCCAAAAUGCGCCACAAGGACGCAGCGUUCGUCCUGGGCUACACGUGGGCGCACUCCAUGUCCUUCUCCACCGUGGCCACCUGCCUCUCCUGGGUGGGAUACCACCGGCUUUACGCCUCCUGCACCCUGUCCAACCCCAGGGCCAGCAGUCGGACCCAGUUUGUGGUGUUCACCGUCUUUUUCCACUCCUUCACCUUCCUGCUGUCUUUUAUAGUGUUGUGUGUCACAUACCUCAAAGUGCUUAAAGUGGCCAGGUUUCACUGUAAGAGGAUCGAUGUUAUAACAAUGCAAACUCUGGUGCUGCUGGUGGACAUACACCCAAGUGUUCGACAGCGUUGCUUAGAGGAGCAGAAAAGGCGGCGUCAGAGAGCGACCAGGAAGAUCAGCACCUUCAUUGGCACUUUCAUGAUCUGCUUCGCUCCAUACGUGAUCACAAGGAUCGUGGAGUUAUUUCCAGCAGUGCCUAUCAAUUCCCACUGGGGCAUCGUCUCCAAGUGCUUAGCUUACAGCAAGGCAGCCUGUGACCCGUUUGUGUACUCCCUGCUGCGACAUCAGUACAAGAAGACGUGCACUGACAUCAUCAACAGGCUGAUGAAGCGUAGCUCUUUGAACACGUCCAGGCGCGGGCAGGAGAACCAAGGCAUGAGUCUACCAACAGUGGAGUGACACGAAGCGGACUAGUGGCAUACGGUUCACGAGGGUUGGCUGGGAUUUGGUCAACUGUAGCCAAUGUACUGAUAGUGAAAAAAAGUCCCUGUGCCCUCAUGGUUAAGUGAAUAUUGUGUCAUGUGCCAAAAUGAAGAGGAAAAAAAUGUCCCGAACAGGAAGUGCUGUACUGACUUUUCAGAGGAGUUUGGGGACAUUGAAUGCAGACAUUUUUAUAGACAUGCUCACCCCAGAACAACGGCUAUUUUACAUUUGAAACAAGUACAGCGGCUUUCAGCCGUCUUUCAGUACACACAUUGUUUUGGCACGGCUGUAGUACAGUGUAUUUAGAUUAUCUUCAAGAGGAAAUCGACCCCAAUGGGUCUGUAUUUAUAUCAGUCUGUGCAAUGUGUUUGAAAGUGACAAGUAUCGUGUAUCAUGUUGUACGUAACACUGAGAAGUAGCCAAACCAAAAUGUAUGUGUACAUUGUACAGAAGAGCUGCACAGCCUGAUAACUCACAGUUUGAGUCAUCCCUGGUCUAAAGUUUUUAACACAUCACUUUGUAUUACAAGAAAAAAAAAACCAUAACAAAUCUGGUAUUUUAUGCUUGAAGGAUUUACUCACCUGACAAGGAGGAGGUCUGAAGGGAAAUGUUUGGCCUUCAAAAGGAGCUGCCACUGUUGUCAUGACUGAAGUGUGCCCCUCAGGUUGUUUAGUGAAGUGGAGCAUGACCAACUGUACUUGUUAUUCACAGAGGGGAGUAAUCUGUAGAGACUGCAUCACGCCAGCCUCUACAUUCAGGCAAAGAGAGCAGCCAAGGAGUGUUAGCCUGCGUUAUGUUACUAUUUCUCUGUUAGCAGUAUGCUCAUGUAGUCGAAUGCCAUCUUGGCGAAUAUCUGAGGCGUUGGGCCUCAUCAAUAAUUCCGACAUUAGCUGAGGCUGCAGGCAGCAUUGACUGAACCAGAGUACGUGACCGUCAUUCAGGUUCUCUCAGAAAACUCUAAAGUGGAGUUCUGUUUAGGGUUCUAAAAGCUUCGAUGUGUAUAAAAGUGCAACAUGUACUACUUACUUUGUCCACUAUGUGUUGCCGUGACAAUGAGCCUCCGAGGAUAAAUGUUACGGUGAUAUCCGAAGACUCUCGAAACUUUCAAAAACAAAUUUAAGAUUAUAUUUUUAAAAAGAAAUGUGGUUUCUUCAUUAAAUGAAAGUAUGUUUCAAAAAUGCCAAAACAAUUGGAACAUCUCUUAAAAUAUCAGUUUGUUUUGGCACCAAGAGAUACUUAUUACUUAAUAAGUAAUAACUGCUCAUUAGACGUGGAUGCUGAGCAUUUACUGUUUUCAGAGGCAUUCUCUUUAAAAAUCAGAAAUUGAAAGUUGCAGUGAUUUUGAAUUGUGGAAAAAAAUGCUAUGACUUUGAAGGGAAAAUAGAACUAAUUGUAAUUGGAGCCAGUUCUCUUUUUAAAUGUGUUUAUUUUGGAGCUAAUUAGAAAAAAAAUACCACAGAAGUGAAGCUUCUCAUUAGAAUCAUUUUCAGCUUUUUUAAAUUUUAGUUUUUUAUAUUGGAUGCCAUAGCAACUGGUCAGGGUCAAGGACUGCAAAGAUUUUUUUGCCAUUUUUUACACUACACACUACACACAAGUACAACUAUUUUUAUUUCUGUACUUGUCAAUACUGAACACUGUCAUGGAUAUUUUUUCAACUUUAUUGCCAACUACGUCUAUGUUUCUCUAAUUGUACAGAACAUAUUUGGCUGACUAAUUAGUUUGACCAGGUUAUAUUACAGUAUUAUUAAUAGGGUUAGUAAGAUUGACCUCUGCCCUCGGAUCGUGUAGUUUCUACCUCAAGAUGUGUGGCUUUUUUGAAAACAGUUCAACUACAGUAUUUGACUAAGGUGUUUGAAAAAAUUCAGUUCAGACCAAUGGAUGUUGUGAUGUUUUAUUGUCAACAUUUUCAUUUGUUAUUGAGUACUGCUUAUAUUAUAUUUAUUCAAGACAGGUUUCACUGUGUUUUAGUGCAGUUUACUAACUGUGGUGUUACCGUAUAGUUACGCUUUGGAUUAGAGUUGCUAGGAUGGCACGUAUGUCAGUUAAGGCCAACGCUAAUUCCAAAAAAGUCCAAUGGAGAAACUACAUUAAACCCGCCGUGCUCUCUUGCUUUAACCAAUUUCCUGUAAAAAUGUCAUUGACACAAAAACAAA